AAGACUGGCAGGUUCCAGGGAGAGUGUCUUCCAGAGUCAUGGCCCAGCAGUGGGCUCCCCAAAGACUUGCAGGUGGGCAGACACAAGACAGCUACGAGGACAGCACCCAAGCAAGCCUCUUCACCUAUACCAACAGCAACAGUACCAGAGGUCCCUUUGAAGGCCCCAAUUACCACAUUGCUCCCAGAUGGGUGUACCACCUCACCACUACCUGGAUGAUCCUUGUGGUCGUUGCAUCCAUCUUCACUAAUGGGCUUGUGCUGGUGGCCACCAUGAGGUUCAAGAAACUGCGUCAUCCUCUGAACUGGAUUCUGGUAAACUUGGCAGUCGCCGACCUAGCAGAGACCAUCAUUGCUAGCACCAUCAGUGUUGUGAACCAGAUCUAUGGCUACUUCGUGCUGGGCCACCCUCUGUGUGUCAUAGAAGGCUACACUGUGUCCCUGUGUGGCAUCACAGGCCUCUGGUCCCUGGCCAUCAUUUCCUGGGAGAGGUGGAUGGUAGUCUGCAAGCCCUUUGGCAAUGUGAGAUUUGACGCCAAGUUGGCCACCAUGGGCAUCACCUUCGCAUGGGUCUGGGCUGCUGUGUGGACGGCCCCACCAGUCUUUGGUUGGAGCAGGUACUGGCCUUAUGGCUUGAAGACAUCAUGUGGACCAGAUGUGUUCAGUGGCACCUCAUACCCUGGAGUUCAGUCUUAUAUGGUGGUCCUCAUGAUCACAUGCUGCAUCAUCCCACUCAGCAUCAUCCUGCUCUGCUACCUCCAAGUGUGGCUGGCCAUCCGAACAGUGGCAAAGCAGCAGAAAGAAUCUGAGUCCACCCAGAAGGCUGAAAAGGAGGUGACGCACAUGGUGGUGGUGAUGGUCUUCGCGUACUGCCUCUGCUGGGGACCCUACACUUUCUUCGUGUGCUUUGCCACUGCCCACCCUGGCUAUGCCUUCCACCCUCUUGUGGCCGCCCUACCAGCCUACUUUGCCAAAAGUGCCACUAUCUACAACCCCAUUAUCUAUGUCUUUAUGAACCGGCAGUUUCAAAACUGCAUCUUACAGCUUUUUGGGAAGAAGGUUGAUGAUAGCUCUGAACUUUCCAGCACCUCCAAGACGGAGGCCUCAUCUGUGUCUUCAGUGUCACCUGCAUGAGGUCUGCCUCUAAGCUGUCCCACCUACUGAAGCUUUGUCUAAGUCUCCACUCCCUUCUCCUCCAUCCUUGUGAAAUAAACAUGAUU